AAGAGUCUAUUCUUAUUUUGUCUAUGCUCUCUCUCUCUGCUCGCUGUUUUCGAUCUUGAAGAACCUUCCCUUUUCAUUUUUCCUUGCUGGUGCACGUGGAAGAUUAAGAUGUCGCAUUUAAACUGGAUGAUCAUCCGUGAUAACAAUGCCUUCUUACUUAAGAAGCGCAAUAUCAGCAAACCAUUUUCUACGGAAUCCAACAACUUGACAAACUUAAGUAGUUACCGCUACUCUGGUUUAGUUCAUCGCAAAAGUGUAGGCAUUGUUGAUACUGCUGAUAAAAAAGGAUUCACCGUUGUUUAUAAGAAAGCCAAGGCAGUGAACAAACCUGCCAAAGCUACUGUAAAGAGCACAAUGAAGGCAGGAGCUCGUCGUUCUCUUUACAAGUUGAAAACUUUGCUUAGGAAGAACAAGUAUCGAGUAGAUCUUACAAAGGCUGCAUUGCGACGUGCCAGUGCCGUGUUGCGAUCUCAGAAACCUCUUCCUGCUAAGAAGACACGAACUACUAAAAAAGCUGAUUAAUUUGUAUGCUUUAUUAAAUAUAUUAAAUUAGAAUAU